AUGUCCGCCCAAGCCCGGGAAAUCGCUAAGACCCUCCUCUCCCGCCCGCUCCCUUCAUUGUCUCCUAAAGCACCAUGGGAUCCGUCGUUAACCCCCAACAUAAACGCACUACCAGAUCCUGUCCCCGUCAGGGCGAUCCUGCAUCUGCUAAACGACGACAUGCAUAAUGCGCACGAGCUAGCGCAGGGGGACGAGGGAAAUGCGACGAGCGACUAUGUGCAUCAGCAGUUGCAUAGGAGGGAGGGGGAUUACUGGAAUUCGAAGUGGUGGGCCAGCACGGGCAUGCGACGCCCUCAUAAGGUCCUCAGCCAGGUGCACGGGAGCGUCUCUGGGGCGAAGAAAUUCGUGGACGAUUGCGAGCGGGUAGGCAAGGGCCGGUCGAAGGACGACUCGCUCGAGCGAAAGCAGUGGGAGGAGUUGAAAACAACGCUGGAAUAUGCUUUCGAGAAUGAGGUGUAG